GCAGUGACGGCCCCGGCGGUGACGGCGGCGGCCCGGGGGGCGGCGUGGACGCCCGCGGCGCCGGCUGGGGCAUCACCGCGGGCCUCGACCCCGAAAUGGCGCUGCUGGCCGAGCACCUGCUGAAGCCGCUGCCCGCGGACAAGCAGAUCGAGACCGGGCCCUUCCUGGAGGCGGUGUCCCACCUGCCGCCCUUCUUCGACUGCCUCGGCUCCCCGGUGUUUACUCCCAUCAAGGCAGACAUAAGUGGCAACAUCACGAAAAUCAAAGCCGUUUAUGACACCAACCCGGUGAAGUUCCGGACGCUGCAGAACAUCCUGGAGGUGGAGAAGGAGAUGUACGGAGCACAGUGGCCCAAAGUGGGGGCCACGCUGGCGCUGAUGUGGCUGAAAAGGGGCCUCCGCUUCAUCCAGGUCUUCCUCCAGAGCAUCUGUGACGGGGAGCGUGACGAGAACCACCCCAACCACAUCCGCGUCAACGCCACCAAGGCCUACGAGAUGGCCCUCAAGAAGUACCACGGCUGGGUCGUGCAGAAGAUCUUCCAGGCAGCGCUGUAUGCGGCCCCCUACAAGUCUGACUUCCUGAAGGCACUCUCCAAGGGGCAGCCCGUGACGGAGGAGGAGUGCCUGGAGAAGACCCGCCUCUUCCUGGUCAACUUCACGGCCACCAUCGACGUCAUCUAUGAGAUGUACACCAAGAUGAACGCCGAGCUCAGCUACAAGGUGUAGGCACCCCGAGGGACAUGCGGCCGCUCGCGGGAACAGGCCACCUGAGUCACUGUGAAUCUCCGGGGCGCCCUUGCCCACGCAUCCCCGAAGCAGCUGGGGGCCGCAGGGGACAGCCCUGGUUUUUUAAAAGUCAUUUUUGGGGUCUAUCCUAAUGAAGCAAUAAAUAACCAUCCUCCUUCCGAACCUCCUUGGAAUUUCACAGCACAGACUGACUUCACCCUUCAUUCCAGUGUGGUCAAAAUCGAUUAAUGCUUCUAAUAAAUCACGUCCUAGGGUUUUUGGGGUUUUCCCCACACAGAGCGUGACUCUGGGGGGACAGUGUCCUACACCUCACUUUCAAAAUCCGCGCCCGUCCUUAUGAGGAUCUGGCGGAAUGAUGUUUUGGGAAUUUUAAGGACUAUGAAGGGUUUGAUUUAAAAUUAUACAGGACCCCCGUGGUGGGAUUUUUUUUUUUUUAAGCAAACUGGUGUGUGUUCUCAUGCGGUUUGCACAGCCCCGCCUCAGAGCACUGUCAUUACAGAGCCUGUUCUUUCCUGCUGUCGUUUCCAGACAGUCUUUUUAUAGCUGAAACCAACCAGCAAGCCUUUGAUGGGGGGGGGUAUUUUAAAGAUAUCAGGCACAAAUAAUUGACUGUAGAUGACUGUGUUUGCAUUCUUCUGCAUAAUUAUUUUCUUCAGGGACAGCUUUUCCAACCUAGGAAACUACCUACCACGUGUAUUCUCUCAAGGGGGAGGGGAUGAACUCUUCAGCUGCUGAGACCCAAGAAAAUGCCUCUUCGCUGCCUUAACCGUCCUUCCUGGCGCUAAAAAGAGCUGUAUUUUUUAAAGUGUUGGGGCAAACAAGGCAACCCCAAAAGAAUUGAUGUGUGUUAAAAACCCAAUGAGGAACAAUUGGUGAUUUUUAUGGAGAAACUAAAUAAUCCUUAAUAAAUAAAUCUCUAUUUUGGAAUCACA